UGCAGGCGGUGUCACCUCAGGGCCCGGCCUCACCGAGUCUCCAUCCCGCCCUCCACAAACCUCGCGCUCUUUCCCAGCUCGUUACCCUGGAAACCGGGCGGCGGCGACGCCAUGGAGGGUCGGCGACGGCCGGCGAGCUCGACGAAGAAAGCAAUGUCUAAUAGAUCUGGCUCGCUGCCAUCAGCUUCAGCAAAGAAAGUUCCUCCAGAUUUACUCACUAAAGAAGAAGAGUACAAGAAAUUGAAUGCAGAAUUGGAAGCAAAAACAGCUGAACUGGUGCGGCAAGCUGAAGAAGUUAUGAAGGGACAAGAGGAAAUGUUUUCUCAAUCAACGCCACAGAAUGAAACAUCUGCAUUAAUGGACAAAGAGAAACUGAGGGUGCUGUAUGCCAUGCCAGGCGGAUACCGAACUCGCUUAGUGGAGCAUAAUUCACAGUGGUACGUUGACGAAGCUCUGGCCAGAAGCCAUAUGCCUGGGGGACCUAGAGUGGGUAAGGCCCAAGAAGAGGUUGGCGCAACAAGUCGCAGGCCCAUUAACGUGGCUGGAACGAUGUCGGCCGGGUACGACCCAGAGCAAUGGCACAUGCCCGCCCUAUACAACCUGAGGUCACGAGCAAUUAACAAAAGUAAGGUUGGAUUCAGGAAUGUAGAACAAACCAGACCAUGUUCAGAAAGCAAAGGAAAGAAAAUGACAAGUGCUAAACAUAAAAGUCUUGAAUUACACGUGGCUGAUGAUGUUGCAGUUCCAGAGGACUUUGCCAAUUUCUCCCUUGCUAAGACAAUUAGCAAAAUUGAAGGUCAGCUGGAGGAUGGAAGUCCUGCUGUUGUAGAAGAUGUGAUAAUGCCAGGCGUUGGCAAUGAAAUGAGCACAGGUGGGUCUGAAUGUAUUGCUUUGCUCUUUACACUGCACAAGUCAGUUGUUCAAAGCCUCAAUUUUUUAAAAGGACAAAUGAAGGGAGUAGCAGUUAACCAGUUGGGGCAGCUGCAUUCCUUCCCCCCCAUUGAGGAGACUGUAGUCAUUAUCUUUGGCGUGGCUAUUUCUAAGGAUGAUGAAAAUAAUACCUUGACUAGCCAUGUAAAGGAGGUAGAGGAAGAACGCAUCCGAUUACAAAAGGCAACGAACAUCCAGCAGUCUCAAAUUGAGAAAUAUAAAAGCCUGGCUGAGGAGGCACAAAAGAAAAGUGAUGGUUUACAGCAACAAGCGCUCGCUUUGCAAAAGGAAUUAGAGACCCAGAAAAGAGCCCAGAAGCAAUUUGUAACAAACCACAAUGCCACAGAGGUUCGUCUGAAUCGGGCAUUAGAAGAGACCGACAAAUACAAGGCGGAGCUUAAUAAAGUGAAGCAAAGUAAUAAGGACAUAACUAAUCAAGAAAAACUAACAAUUGAACAGCUGAAGUUAGAAAACAAUAAGUUGGAAAAGCAGAAAAAUGAGCUUAUGACUGGCUUUAAGAAACAGAUGAAGUUGAUAGACAUCUUAAAAAGGCAAAAGAUGCAUGUGGAAGCUGCUAAACUGCUCUCCUUCACUGAGGAAGAAUUUAUUAAAGCAUUGGAAUGGGGAAACUGAUUGGAAGAAAAGGCAGAGUAAUAACUUAAUAUUGUAAACCAUACAUUUGAAUGCAAUUUCAAGUUUGCAAAAUCUAUUCAUGUUUUAAUAUUAUACAAUUAUUUGAAUGAAAUAAAGAUAUUUUCUACAUUUUU